GCCCGCGGCGUCCGGGCUCCGCGUGCCAGCGCCAUGAGGCCGCUCCUCGCCCUGCUGCUCCUGGGCCUGGCGACCGGCUCGGCCCCUCUGGACGACAACAAGAUCCCCAGCCUGUGCCCGGGGCACCCGGGCCUCCCCGGCACGCCGGGCCACCACGGCAGCCAGGGCCUGCCGGGCCGCGACGGCCGCGACGGCCGCGAUGGCGCGCCGGGGGCUCCGGGAGAGAAAGGCGAGGGCGGGAGGCCGGGCCUCCCGGGGCCGCGUGGGGAGCCCGGGCCGCGAGGAGAGGCAGGACCCAUGGGAGCAACCGGGCCGGCGGGCGAAUGCUCGGUACCUCCGCGCUCCGCCUUCAGCGCUAAGCGCUCUGAGAGCCGGGUGCCCCCGCCGUCGGACGCGCCCCUACCCUUCGACCGCGUGCUGGUGAACGAGCAGGGACAUUACGACGCCGUCACCGGCAAGUUCACCUGCCAGGUGCCCGGGGUCUACUACUUUGCCGUCCACGCCACCGUCUACCGGGCUAGCCUGCAGUUUGAUCUGGUCAAGAACGGCGAGUCUAUCGCCUCUUUCUUCCAGUUCUUCGGGGGCUGGCCCAAGCCAGCCUCGCUCUCCGGGGGCGCCAUGGUGAGGCUGGAGCCUGAGGACCAGGUGUGGGUACAGGUGGGCGUGGGGGAUUAUAUUGGCAUCUAUGCCAGCAUCAAGACAGACAGCACCUUCUCUGGAUUUCUAGUGUAUUCUGACUGGCACAGCUCCCCUGUCUUCGCUUGAUGCCCACUGGGAAGUGAGCUCGUGCUCUCUCACUCCUAGGGGAGGAGGGAGUGACACCGACUGGCCCCAUCACCCGGGAGGGCUGGCCCCCCUGGAGUAUCCCGAAUGACUGCAGAGGUGGGGUGGGGGCUUCUCUGUUCUGCUGCCGGCAGGGAAUGGGGAUCAAGGCUGAGAUCAGGGCUGGCAGCAUGGGGCAGUAGCUGGAUUUCUGCCCUAGAUCAAAGGAGUUCGCUGUUCUGGCAGGUUUAGUUCCCCCCAGUUGCUCUGGCCCGGGACCCCCAGGUGCGGUGCUCGCUUCCUGGUCCUCUGUCUCUCUGGGUCUUCCCUCAUCCUUCCUGCUCCUGGGCCCUUUUUCUCAGAGAUAAUUCAAUAAAUCUAAUAAAACCCUC